CGUCGCUGGGGCCGGGGGUGGGGUGGGGGGGCGUGGCGCUGGCGAGAUGGAGCGCUACCCGGGCGCCUUCGAGGAGGCCACGGACGGCGCCCGGCAGCAGGAGCGACACUACCAACUGCUGUCAGCAUUGCAGAGCCUGGUCAAGGAGCUGCCGAGCUCGUUCCAGCAGCGCUUGUCCUACACCACACUCAGUGACCUGGCCCUGGCGCUCCUCGAUGGCACUGUGUUCGAGAUCGUACAGGGGCUGCUGGAGAUCCAGCAUCUCACCGAGAAGAGCCUGUACAACCAGCGCCUGCGGCUGCAGAGCGACCACCGAGUGCUCAGACAGGCGCUGCGGCAGAAGCAUGAGGCGGCUCAGCAGACCUGCCGGCCCCACAACCUGUCUGUGCUGCAGGCGGCUCAGCAGCGGGAGCUGGAGGCAGUGGAACACCGGAUUCGUGAGGAGCAGCGGACGAUGGAUGAGAAGAUCGUCCUGGAGCUGGACCGGAAGGUGGCGGACCAGCAGAGCACGCUGGAGAAGGCCGGUGUCGCCGGCUUCUAUGUCACCACCAACCCGCAGGAGCUGACACUCCAGAUGAAUCUACUGGAACUGAUCCGGAAGCUGCAGCAGAGGGGCUGCCAGGUGGGGAAGGGAACCCUGUGA